GAACACAUAGAUCCUGUAAAACGCGCGUGUACCUACUUUAAGUACAGAUAGUGUAAUUUUGUGCAGAUAUAAAGAACAGACUUCUAGAUGCACAAUAAAUGCUCCGAAACCCAUAAAGCGACAAGUGGAUCGCAUCACUAAUCAAUAUCUGCACCAUAAAUUUAUACAUACAUAUAAAACGUAAAUUUUGUCGCAACACAAGAUGCGAGAUCUUUCUUUUAUCUCAAACGGUAGAUAGGUUAAAGUGCAAGAGAUCACAGUAGAAGACGGAGCAGAGCUCAGCGCCUUUCAUCUGCUGGCCACGUGGCACAUUUUACGUCUCCUCUUUACCGCGAGACUUCGUCUUCGGUCUUUGUCUCGACAUCGCGCGCGAUCAAAAAAAAAUGCUCCUUCGACUUACCUGACUCUCGGCGGAUCAUAUCGUUGCCAUUGUCGUCGUCGUCGUUCUCGCCAUCGUCGGCAGCGCUCGACAGCGAAUCCGCUGUUGCCGGCAGCGAACGUCGCGCCCGUUGUCGUCUCUCGCGCGUCGUUGACCCAUCCAAGGCGCGCACGUGCGUCUCCCGCCCGAGAGACACGGUGCCGUGGUGCUGUGGGCCGGCAUUUUUGCGCCCCGCGGUCGAUCGUCAUCUCGGGGCCUCGCGCACGUCUUCGCCAGACGAGGAAGCACAAUAGAACGCGCGAAGAUCGCGCGCUGCGCACUCUCUGAUCAACGAUCAGAUCGGUGCGCACCACAACGACUGCGACGGACGACAUCGGAGGCGCAAGGCCGAGUGCAAUGUGAGGAAUCGCGCGCGCACGUUACGUGCACAACGCUACCGCCAUCAUUGCCGCGAAGGAUAAAUUUAAAAAAACGGAAAAGCGUCUGCUCGCCCUCGUAUUUCGCCGUUCUCGUCGAGUGUUCCUCGGAUAUUCGAGGCGCGUAUUGCAAACAUUGCCAACCGGCAUGUUAUAAAGCGAAAAUAUCAAUUUGAUCGAGGGAAACAAUUGAUACAACAAAUCGUGCAAUUUCUUUCUCUCGCGUUCUCUCAACAUCUUGUUGGUGAAUUUUCCUUCUAAUCGUUAUCUCUUAAUUUUCUCAAUUCAAGACAGAAUUCAACUUGUCAUUUGUGAAUUAAAAGAUGGUGAAGCUGAAUAUGAGUGUUCAUCCCAGUUUAUCUGAGACGGUGACAGAGAGUUUGAGACGAAGAAAUGUGGUUACCACCGUCGAUUUCAUCACAACGGACUCGGUUGAAUUAGCGAUAUCCACCAGUCUUUCGUAUACGGAAAUAUUGCAAAUGAAGCAACAUAUAUUGAAGGAAUAUGGAUACACAAAGAAAAAUGCAUUCGAACUUCUUAUAGCAGAGAAAAAUGAUAUGAUACCAACUGGUGUGAUAUGCUUGGACGAAUUGCUAAAAGGUGGCUUAUGUCCUGGAUAUUUGUAUGAGCUGUGUGGCUCAUCAUCUUCUGGGAAGACUCAAUUGUGCUUGACAAUAGUUGCUAAUGCUAUCACCACUCAAUCAGAUAUCAUUGCUUGGUACUUCGAUACAAAGAGAGAUUUCUCCAGAUUGAGAUUCGAAGAGAUACUAAGAGCAAGAAACUUUGGACAAGAGGUCAUAAAAGAAGCAUUGCAACGCACGAAAGUUUGCCGUGUGAAUUCGUUCAAUGAAUUAAUACAAGAUCUACGGCAAUUAUUAUCUCUUUACAAAACAGAACAGUAUUCACUAAAAAAAAAGAGGUUUCUUGUGAUCAUCGACUCUUUACCAGCAAUUAUCUUUAAGACGACACAGCAAAUGCACCACGAGAUCUACGAGUGGAUCUACCAGUUGAACGAAUUGGCGGAAGCGUGUCGAUUCCUUAUAUUCGAGUGCCGAGCGGCCGUAGUCACAGUGAAUGUAAUUACCCAUUGGAAUUCUACGAACGAAACAGAUUCUACGAAUGUUACGCCAGCGUUGGGUAAAUACUGGAAUUCUGUACCAGCCACGAGAUUGCUGCUGACGAGACAACUGCAAAGCGAGACCAGGAAGAUCACCGUCUUAAGAGAUCCACGGGUGAAGUGGAAGGACUCAUGUAUUGUGAUCGUGAGCAACGCCGGUGUAAUAUCGAGAUAAACCACGGAGAACGAUAGUGUUUCAAUGAAUAUCACAAUAGCUAGUGAAUAUCAUCAGGAUCUAUCGCGAAGAAUCUUCAGAUACAAGGACUUAAGAUUAUGUUGGUUCAGUUUAAAUAUGACGAUCUUAUACAUAAGAAUUUUUAACAAUUAGGUCGAUUCAUUAUUGUUAGAAAUGAUUCUUUUGAAGUAGACUCAUACGUUGAAACGAUCGGCAAUUAAAAAUCUCACAGUAACAACUGUCAGUCUGCAACAAAUUUAUAUUGUACUAAAAUAAUGACUUAGCAAUAACUAUUAUAAGGAUCCAGUCAACUAUUAUAGGGAUAAGAUGGUGCUAGCCGUGAUAACUGCCGUGAGGUUUCUGAUUGUUGACAUAUCAACGUUGAUUUCGUUUUUGGAUUAUAUCAAGAAGUGAGUGGUAGUCGAAGAAAAAGUUCGAUCGGUCGAUUUUGAUUUUAUUUCCUUCCCGACACAUAAUGCACAAUACGUUCCGUUUAGUUCUCCGUCGACGAACGGCGUGCAUAAUCGCGAGUACUAUGAUUUCUUCUUUUUCCUUUUCCUCUUACGACUUACACAAUACGUAUACGUGCAUCUUAUGCACCUUUUAGACGGGCACUCGCAUUUUGCACGGGCGCUCACUGCGCUCCUUGCGCUAUUUACAACGAUAGUCGUCACUUGUUACAUGUGCGGGCUGCGCAUUUCCAGAAACCGCUAUCUCCGACUUCGCCCUGCGAUUUGGCCGAUUUGAUACACACCGCGUUUUCAUCAAACGAAUGAGUUUGAUCUACAGUACAGUCUGUAAAUAAAUUGUCCUGCCACAAUGUGUAGUGGCAUUUGAUUUAACAUGAUGCUACAUUGUAAAUCUCGAUAAAUCGCUCCGAUUUGAAACAAUCAUUCGACAGAGUGUCAUUGGAAAUUAUUUGGAGAAUAUUCAUAGAAAAUAAUUGCGAUAAUGAUCGUGCGUUUUCAAGCUUUCGACGUAAAAUUGCCUGCGUCAUUUUGCAAGAUUGAGUUCACGCGAUUAAUUUCAUCGAAGAACAAAUAGAGAAAGAGAGAAAAAUGAUACUUUGUUCGUAGCUCUUUCGAUGUCUCGUGUUAGUUUCUGGAAUUUCCACAGGGAAUAACGGAUGUUGGAAAUAAACGACUCGCUCGAUAGUCGAUACAAUAAUGAAGGAGAUCGCGCGCGAGCGACCCAGAGCGCGAAUCACGCGAGACGGCCUCGUGUUAUUCGUAAACAAAUAAAUAAUUUAUCUUCUCGGUAUAUAUGUAUACUCCUGGCUCGCACCAAGUCGCACUCGGCAUGCAGGAGCUCAGCCUUACGCGUUCUUAUGAUUAAGUAUUAUUUAACACUUAAGAGUCAUUAUGGAAGAUUAAAGUUGCGCUGCCACUCUCACUCGCCUCCCUUACUCGAUUAAUUACGUAAUUACUGGUUCGGUGAUUGAUCAAGUCGCGCGAAAGCGCGCAGAAUAUUUGAUUUGAAGAGUGCAACAUGUUCUGCCAAAGUCGAAUCUUGAAUUGUUCAGAAAUCCGAUCGUCCUUUCCACUCUCCGAAAGGAAAGGACUUUUUCGAGGUAUCCGAUUAUUUGCGAGGAAGAUUUAAUUUCUUAUUGAGAGAACCAGAAGUCGCUGUAUUUACAGUAACGUAGCGACAUCAUGGAAGACGAUUGUAUCAGCUAUGGAAGGAGGUCACAAAGUGUCGUUUAACGGCGCCGACAAAAGCGUGACUCGUACGCAAUACGAUUUACGGAGAAGAGCACCGUUAUUCUUUUUUUUUGUUUCUUUUUUGAGCUAAAAGGUGGUUUUUCUAACUUUUAGAAUCGCUAUUAAAGAAGUCUCGCUCGAUAGUUUAUUGAACUCUAAUCAGCUCUGCGAACGUUAUAUUGGCACAGCGUCGAGUGACGAAUUUCCUUUUUUUUUUUAAGAAAAAUCGAACACAAGUCUCCUACAAUCCUGUACACGUAUAUAUCUAGAGUCUAAAGUAGUAUAAAAUAUUUUAUAUCUGCGGCUAUAUAGUAUUAGUACUUUCUCUCGCGUUUGCUAUAUUCUUUUUACUAACAACGCACUCUCAUCGCUGAGAAAUGCACGAGAAAUUUGCUUUACGACUACGAGGAGUUCCGGUUAGUUUCUGGAUAAAUGGAUACUCUCCAGAUCCCGUUAAAAAUCCUAGAAAAGGACAAGAGUAGGCUUUCUCAUUGUAACUCAUUAAUACAUAUAUACAUACGUACGUACGUAUAUAUGUAUAUAUGUAUAUACGGGGUUCUUUUUUUCACGAUACCCAAAAACCGUAUACUUUUAUGCUACUACAGCGAUAAAUCUUCAGCGGACUGCAGCGGAAAUCGAAUAAACGACCAUAAAUUUAAAUGUAUAUAAAAGUUUACGAGGGGGGAGGACACAAAAGGAUUGAAGAAGACGAAUCCUUCUCGGAUCGCUUAUAGAUCCUACCAAGAGGGAAGACACGCGAUUACUCACGUCACACAGAGUGUGAUUUAUGCGCAAGAGAAUUCUUUCGAUCAAUCAAACUGACUAAUCACGACUCGCAGAUUCUUACCUCUUCUCGAUCGAUUGCAAUUUCCUGUCUGAUUAAUUUGGAUUUAAUCGAAAGGGAGGCGAGCAAUGGGCGGCGAUUUUGUUUCGAUAAACCGGAGUUUGAGGAAUUCGUGCUCGUGUACGCUGUACGCACGUCACUUUGCAUCUGUGAUGCGUCCACGAUUGAAAAUAUGGCCGUAGGAUUUCGUAUUAGGUUCACGCUAUACCAAGCUCCAAUGAAACCUCAGCAGGACAAAACCCACUAAUUUUUCUAAUCAUUUGUAAUGUGUCCGGAUAUGUGUAUAUAAUUAUGAUCGUUGAUUAUUCAGCUUCUCGCAUAUCAUAUUAUACAGGUGUUCAGUUCGAUGAAUUUUAUCUGCACAUAACAUAGGGUCAUUAAUUGUCAGACAAUCUGUAUAUUGUAUCGUAUCGUACAUCAUGUCAUGUACAAAUACAAUGGGAACGAUUAGAAAGACUGGUGAGCUUUGGGCUGGUAGAUGUUAAGGUCUCGUUGAAGCUUAGUAUACUCGCGAGUCACGACUGAUGUGUUAAAUGCUGUAAAACGUCGCAACGUACAACCUGCACGAGCACGAGCGUUCAUACGCAUACACACACACACACACACACACAUACAUCUGCAUCCAUCUGUCGAUCGCGCGUGAUGUCUGCAAAGUCAGAGAAGACUUCGCCAUCGUGAUCGCAGUUUAACACGAUGAUCGACACGUUUCUGUGGGUAAUAUGAAGGAAGCGCGCGCGCGUGUAUUGUAUGUGUGUAUAUGCAUGAGGGAAGUGUGUGAGAACAUGUGCUCAUAAUGUAUUUUUCUUUAUCGUGUCCCGUUUAGCACCAAACUUAAAGUAUAAUAGUGUAUAUAUCGUGUAAGUGUAUACGUGUGUGAUCUUUAGAGAUUGUUCCGAAUUUUUUGGAGGGACACUCCUAUAAUAUAUGUAUCGUGGCGCGAAGAUUUCGCGGUGUUGACGCGCGCGCAAUUAUUCUUCUGGCGUUGAUCACCGAUCCUACAGCGCGCGCGACGUUUUAAUAGAGAUUAAAAUACUUUCGAGACAUUCGAAAAAAUGGACAGACUUUCUUGGAAUAUUUCAGCAAGAUUAAUACGCGUAUAAUGCACCCGCCCGUCCGGCCGGCGCGCAUUAUGUCAUACUUAUUCGUACGUAUUACAUGCGCUCAAUCGCGAAAAGCACGCACUCGAGAGAAAACCUAAGUGUUAAAAAGCAUAUAAAAACAAAUAAAAAGAACGUGUGAAAGUAACAGUUUGGUAAGAACGGUAUUCUCCAGAAAUCGAGUCAGUCAAUUGCGAGAUUAAUUUUUUGUCGCGCGUAUUUAAUGCUUUCAAACGUUAAAAAAUUGCGUCAAGAGAGUCGCGAAAAUUGUGUAUGUGUGUCGAUUGCAAGACAUGAUAUAAUCAUAAAAAGAUAUUUUUUUUAUAUAAAUAUUCGCAAUUACUGCGCGACAAUAUAAACAAAUCAAGAAAUUUGCUUUCAUUUCUAAUCAUUUUUCUUCUUGACAGAUUCCUCGGGGGUGUGCUUUCACGAUUAGAUGCACGCACAUGUAUUCGUCUAUCUAUCUAUCUAUCUAUCUACCUAUCUAUCUCUCUAUCUAUCUAUUGUUCCGCUAGCGACACUAAUAAUCGUGUCGAUCUAAUUAUCCGAGUGCGAUAGCGUGCGUGUCCACGCCUUCCGCGUGUCCUCGAAGGGACGUGCCACACACUAAUACUCGGUAUACUUGCGACGUGAUCGAGAGAGAAAGAGCUUGUGAUUAAGGAAAUAUAAUUACGUGUCGGUACCCGUAUGUCUCGAUAAGAUUUCUCGCAGUUGCUCUGUAUUACUAAUGUCACUGCGUAUGGCGUGUCACGUGCAAGGUAUACGGAGUGCAGAGGUACUCACGUGAAGAGUGUCGCACGUUUGACGUGACAUAAAUUGGGGAAAUGGAAAAAAUACGAGAGAACGAGCCGAGAAAUAUCCCAAGAUCGUUCGUCAAUCCUAUCGACUUCUCUUGAUAUACAAAAACUGAUCAAGUUACUUGAUGACUCGAACAAUUGAUAAUCUCGUAUUUCUCUCACGAAAAUAUAUAUAUAUGUAUAUAUAUAUAUAUAUAUAUAUAUAUAUAUAUAUCGUAUGGCCAUUGGCGUGUGGCUCUCUCCUUCGGCAUCGCGUGGGCACGCGGAAUCGGCGUGUCCGAACACGUCACGUCAAAAUUAGCAAAAACGAAAGAUCGGUACAGUACUCGGUCGCACUUGUUGAGCAAACGAUCGCCGUGCGCCUGGGAAGAUAUACAUUUGGCACUGGAUCUUCUCUUCCUUUCUCUUAUCGAAGACAAGUUUUACAAAUCUUCUUCGAAGAAAGACGUUCGUUCUUCAUUCGUCACGACGACGCGAAUCCGCGCAGCGGACUCUCGAUCGCGCGAUCCGCAAGCGGCGGAAGUGUAUCUACCGCUAUCCUUACGAAUGCGUACUUUGAUAUCGCUUAUCACUAUCACCAGUAAAUCCUGCUCUAAACUCUAAAAUACGGCGUUUAAGAGACUUGCCUUUGUGGAAGAUAAAUUGAAAUUUGUCGAUCACCACGUUGAUCAUGGAGAGAUCUCGAUUGUACCUCUAGCUUUGAUCGCACGUAAAUUUGCCCCGUUCGUUUUUUGAUUUCACUCGUCGGCCACUACCACCAUCGUCGUCGUUUCUCGCUUUCCUCGUUUUCGGAAACCGAAUGGAGGGAUUCUACGUAUUCAACACGAGAGCGUGGAAGUGAAAUCAGAGAAAUCAAGUAUGUGAACGAGAUGAGCAAUGAAAUGGAGUCGCGAUCGCUGGCUGAUCGAGAGUCCCUCGCGGCUUACUGAUACGCAACGAGCGAAAGCGCUUCUCUAUUUACAAAGAUCCGCGACGGUCGAGAUCGUGAGAACGCCGACGUCGUCGACGACGUCGCUCUCGCGUUGGCCACAGCUGGCCGGGAAAAAAUAUACGCAGCCGUGUCCCGUAUUCUUUACAUCACCCGAACGACGAUUCUCGUUCGAUUAUCAGGAACGUGUUCUUCGCGAACCCCGAAGACGUUCGAUCCCUACCGGCGGCUCUUCUCCUCUCCUCCGCCCCGCGAUUAUCCGUCAUACUCAAAGAAAUCGCUAUGCCGUUUCUCUACGUUUCUCGAAAAUAAAGUUCGAUAUAUACAUACACUUAUGUAUAUAUAUAUAUAUAUAUAUAUAUAUAUAUAUAUAUAUAUAUAUAUAUAUUUUAGAAAGAAAA